GUUCCUCGGUUCACGCGCUGGAAAGUCAGGCUUCAUGAACGAUGAGGAAGAGCGCAGCGGAGCGACACGUCGGUCAAAGUGGCAGAAGGAGCCCGUUGAGACGAUGAGAAGAUGAAGCCGCUGCUGUGGGUCGUUGUUGUUGCUCUGCGGACUCUUACUGGGAGCUGUGGGAGCGGUGUGCGCUUCACGAAACACCCGUCCAAUCAGACGGUGACUCAGGGGAACGAGGUGAGGCUGGGCUGCGCUGUGGAAGGCCUGACCGAACCGGACAUCAUCUGGAUUAAGGACGGGGAGAAGCUGUACAGCACAGAUCAGAUCUUCCUCAUCCUGGGAGAGCAGCACUGGGAGACGUCCCACAGUGUGAAAUCGGUCCAGCAGCAGGACGCUGGUCAGUAUUGGUGUUUGGUGGAGUCCCAUGGUCAGAAGUUCGUCUCUGACCGAGCCUGGAUAACAGUUGAAGGCGUCCCUCACUUCAUCCAGGAACCUCAGGAUGUGGCGACGUUCCCCAACAUCCCCUUUAACCUCUCUUGUGCCGCUGUCGGCCCCCCUGAGCCUGUGGAAGUGCUGUGGUGGCUGGGAGGAGUCCAGGAGGGAGGACCCCAACAAUCCCCUUCUUUCCUCCAUGUCCCAGGUGUGAACAGCAGCAUCAAGUUUUACUGUGAAGCAAAGAACGCCAGAGGAAUCUCUGUGUCCAGAACCGGAACCGUCCACAUCAAAGUGUUGCCAGCUGCUCCGGUGGACCUGCAGCUUCUCAGGAUUACAGACAACAACGUUACAUUGUCAUGGAAACCGGGAUUCAUGGGUUACUCUGAACUGUCCACCUGUGUGAUUCAGGUGGUGCGGGUGUCAGGGCGCAGGUGGAACCUCCCCCAGCAGGAGGUGCAGGUUCCUCCUCACAUCCACACGCUAACUGGCCUGAGGAGUCACUCCAACUACAGCCUGAGGGUCUCCUGUGCGAACGAGGUGGGAGCCUCCCCGUUUUCCCCGUGGCUGACCUUCAUCACCCCGGAGUCAGUGCCCUCUGUGGCCCCCAGGAACCUGAGCUUUGAGCUGUCAGGGCAGAAGCUGUCUCUGCAGUGGGCCAGGCUGAAGGACGAUGAGCUGCAGGGGAAACUGCUGGCCUACAAGCUGCAGUGGACUCAUGGAGGAGAACCUCAGGAACCUCUGCUGUUUAAGGUCAACUCUACUCCGAUGUUAGACGCAGCCCGUUUCUUCAACGCCUCCAUGCAGGUGGCAGCCUGCACUGCAGUUGGCUGUGGACCCUGGAGCCCCCCGGUGCUGGUGAUGCCUGCCUCAGUUCCUGUCCAGGUGCAGCGGAGCCGCAUGUGGGUGGGGCUGCUGCUCGGCCUGCUGGUGGCCACCAUCAUUGGGCUGCUGCUCACCAUCGCAGCUCAGCGCAGAGAGAAGGAAACAAAGUUUGGUUCGGCCUUUAAGGCUCCUGGUUCAGAGAGUUCGGUGUUCUUCACCGCAGCUCGGUCGUUCAGCAGAAACGUGGCUGAUCUGCAUGAGUCCACCUUGGACAGUUUAUGCAUCAGCAGUGAGCUGAAGAACAAACUGCAGGAUGUGUUGAUUUCAGAGAGACUUCUUACUCUGGGCCACAUGCUGGGAAAAGGUGAGUUUGGUUCAGUGCGAGAAGCUAUUCUGAAGACUGAUGACUCGACAUCGAUGCAGAAGGUGGCUGUCAAAGUGUUGAAAUCUGACAUCACCUCGUCAGGUGACAUUGAACAGUGUCUAAAGGAGGCUGCGUAUAUGAAGGACUUCCACCAUCCCAAUGUCAUCAAGCUCAUUGGAGUGAGUCUGCACCGGCGUCCUGGCCAACGGCUCCCAAUCCCAAUGGUGGUCCUGCCGUUUAUGAAGCACGGGGAUCUGCACACCUUCCUGCUGUUGUCUCGUUUGGGGGAUGACCCAUUUGACCUCUGUCUCCAGACUCUGGUGCAGUUCAUGCUGGACAUUGCUCGGGGGAUGGAGUAUCUGAGCAGCAAGAGCAUCAUCCACAGAGACCUAGCUGCCCGAAACUGCAUGUUGAACGAGAACAUGUCUGUGUGUGUGGCAGACUUUGGACUCUCUAAGAAAAUCUAUAGUGGAGAUUAUUACCGCCAGGGCUCUGUUUCCAAACUGCCUGUCAAGUGGAUCGCUCUAGAGAGCUUGGCAGACAAUGUGUACACCACUCAGAGCGAUGUGUGGGCAUUUGGUGUAACAAUGUGGGAGAUCAUGACCCGGGGUCAGACUCCAUAUCCUGGAGUGGAAAACUCUGAGAUCUAUGAGUUUUUGAUCAAAGGAGAGCGUCUGAAGAAACCUGCAGACUGCAGAGAGGACAUUUAUGAGAUCAUGCACAGAUGCUGGAGCCCGGUCCCCAAAUGCCGUCCCAGUUUCCUGCAGCUGGUCACUCAGUUGGAGGCGCUGCACCUGGCCCUGUCCCCUGUCGCCCUUAUGAAGGAGUCCUUGCUCUACGUCAACCUGGAAGGGGACAACAGUGAGACGGACAGAGAGGACGGAGCCGUGGGGGCCCGGAUCCUGGGACCGGAAGUCGCAGCUGAGGGCUCCAGCUGGAGCGUCCCCUGGCAGCGCCGGGCAGAGGACGAGGAGAAGGACUGGCUCAUGGUGGGCUCUGGGGCCGCGCUGGCCAUUGGAGGGGACUACAGGUACAUCAUGGGGCCCUGUGGAGCUAUCGCUGAGGAAGCCGAGGAGAUGGGCUCAGUGGAAAGAAGAGAGGAUUUAGCGAACGGACCAGUCGGUGAGCUACGGGACGAAGACGAUGAUGUUGUAAUUAACGUUUGAUCGAUGGACCUGCCACAGUCCAGAUUUGCUCCUCUCUCCUGAUUGGCUGUUCACUUUAUGUCUCGGAGCGGCUGCAGUUGGUAGAGACCAGGCAAGGUACUAAAGGACCAACUCUCCCAGGCGAAGGGACCUUCAUCUGUUGCCAGCACACAAACACAUUCCUGGCGUGUUGUUGAGUGAGUCAGGGGUUGAGCAGCUCAGAAUCUCUGAGUCGUUUCAGAGAUUUGUUUGUUCAAGGAUUAAAUAUUUUUUCGGUUCCAACUUCUGAGGCAGAAAAAAUGAAGAGGUCGAGAUCGAUCUGUUCACAUAUUAUCUGUCUCAUACUGUCCGUGUCACAAUAUAUGUGAAAAACAUAUAUUUCAUAAAAGUUGGAUGAAAUACUGCGGCUUUAACGCAGUAUUUAAAAAGUUUAUGAUGUAUUAUAUACAGAGUUAGAACUUUUUUGUCACAUUUCACCCCCCUUUUUUACAUGUUUGUUGGUAUGAGACAGAUGAUCUGUGAAUAAAUGGAGCUCUUCUGCCAGUAUGAACUAGAAUGUUCAUACUGGCAGAACCUUUUAAAACUGACUAUGUAUUAAAUGCAUAGUCAGUGAUAACUCAGCCGUCAGACGGGACGGCCCAGUUUGACAUGCAGAACUUUGACAGGCAGGCGUAAAACGUGCCUCAGUGUUAGCAACAGGUGAAGAGCAAUAAUGUAGGUAGAAACAACUUUUAAUGGUUUUAUUGAUAACAUUUCUGAUAGUAACACUGUUUUUCAAUGUUUUUCAACUAGUGAAACCUUAGUGUUUCACUAGUUUAUCAUGAGGUCAAUAAUAGGAAUAAACAGUUUGAGAACAUUUCUCACCUGAGAGCUGCUAACCACCCACUUUACAUUUGGUAAAAUAAUUACUAGAGAUGAACUGAGAAAUCAGCUGAUGAUUCUCAGAGUCAUGAUUUUCAUCUGACCAGAGGAAGGCGAAAAAACUACAUCUUUAUAGGUUCAGUAAAUGCACCACAAUUUGUGGUAAGAACUCAGAAUAAGCUGAUUUCAGUCUCUGUAAAGAGUGAAGAAGCACAGAGGUGGAAGAAGCUACUUAAAAGGAAACAGUGUUUUAUUUACAGUUCAUCAAUGUCUGCAUAGAGGCAGACAUGUUCAGCAGACCAGUUGGACAGAGAACAAUGGUUUUCGAUUAUCUUUUUGAGUUUUUAAUGUCCGGUGUAAAUAGUAAAGCCAUAGAGUUUUCUCUACAAUAUUACGUUCAUGACUACAAUAACUGGUUCUAAUUCCUAAUCCUAGUUGCUAAAAAUGGUAAAAAAUGUUACAGCUUGAUGCCGACUCAGCUAAUUUAAAUGAUGACUCGCGGUGACAGGGAGGGUAAAAAAAGUGCUUCAACAGCAACUUGGAAAUGAUUGGAAUCGGGAUCAGUGUGUCCAAACUCCAGAGAAGAAAUCGGCCACAGAACCAUGACCUGUGGGUCUGUGUAGGGAAACUGUCCUUGGUUCACUGUGUUACAUUUGGACUUUUUUCUGUGUUUUUGCUCCAUGUUACACAAUAAUUUAAAACAAUUUAAGCCUCUUUAUUGGUGACAUUGUGAAACUUGCCCUUUUUUCUUAAGAACUUUGAAGCUGGGUUUCUGCCAAGAUUCUGCAUUUGGGUGAGACGUAAGCGGGUAUUGAAAAUAGUGUGGAAUCCAUCUACAAAAGUCAGAAUCAUCUGAUGGGAGCUGAGAUUAUCUCCGCUGGGGAUUGACCGACUCCUUCUUGGAAGGAUCCCAGCAAAUCCUCUGCAGAAGACACGGGGAUCGACCUGCUGUAAAAACAUGACUUGUCCGGUGAGGAAGACUUUCUACACGAACCGGUUUGUUUCCACUGGGAGAAUACGCUUACUGGAGGAGAGGCUUGCAACAGGUACAGGGAGGCUGCACAGCUCUGCACCGGAGCUUCCUCAUCAUCAACAAGCAAACAAGCUGAGGAAAUGGCAAGGGUCGGCAUGUUUUUUAUAUUCUUCCUUGACGAGCAGUGGAGCAGCUAAUCAGGCUGCUGUAUGGGCAACAGCUGCUGCCAUGGUGACACUGCAGGAUCUGGGCAAUGAGAGAGAAAGUAUUAAAUGCAUAGUCAGUAAUAACUCAGCCGUCAGACGGGACGGCCCAGUUUGACAGGCAGGCGUAAAACGUGCCUCAGUGUUAGCAACAGGUGAAGAGCAAUAAUGUUGUAGGUAGAAACAACUUUUAAUGGUUUUAUUGAUAACAUUUCUGAUAGUAACACUGUUUUUCAAUGAGUUGUCAGUAAAGCUGUUUAAUUAUGGCAGCUCUAAGAACUCUGGGUAAUCUUUCAUUGUGUAGCAGAAGGCAGUGAAGGUCUGAUAUGUCACAUGAAAUCCUGGAAAAUAAAUGACACGCGCAAAGAUUACAAUAAAUAUCAGUCUUUAAAGAAGGGAUAUUAUGUAAAAUCAACUGUUUGUACUUUAUGUUACAAAGUUAUUCCCUCAUCAAAAACAUACCUGGAGCCUUGCUUUGAUUUUCCGCCUAUUUCCACUAAGCUCCUUCUCUAACUGUAGUAACUGUGUAGUGAGACAGAGGCAAAAAUUUCAAGGCAUUAAACUGUGAAGUCAAAUUUGUUUUAUAUUUGCUAUCUGUAGCAUUUUUCAACUGAAGCUAAGAGUUUCUCAAUUGUGCUAUAAAAUCACAAUAUGUGCAUGGAAAAUACAUAAUAUCCCCUCUUUAAAACUAGUAGUUUUUGUUUUGUAAACAGGCUGAUAAUAAAAACUCUCUUGCUAGCUGUUAGCAUCUUGUAAAUCGGGUUAUUUGCAUUCCCAAAGCUCCCGAUCGGAUCUUUUGUCCUGGGAACUAAACUGCUUUGGUCUGGUAGUCAAGGCUACUAGAUGGUGACUAGAAGAUGAACCAAUAGCUGUCGCCUUGGUGAAACAUGCUAAUGUUAAUAUGCUGGUGUUGACUUUAUUAGCCCCUCUGGGACAUGAUAGGCAUGUUUUUAACCUGAAGCGUGUGCAGUCUGCUGAUCCUGGUGAACUGAACACUUAAAGUUGAAACCAGGAGUUUACAUAAAUGAAUAAAAAGACAAAUUUUUAAAUUUUCUCACUGUCUGAAGUUAAAUAUGAUCAAACACCUCUUGUUUCAGCAUAAUCAAAAUCACCACAUUUUGCCGGAUAAUUGCCAGUAAACAAAUUGAGGAAAAUGUUUGUAGAGUUUGUGAUUUUCUUCAUAUUCAGAAGUUUACUUUUCCACCCCACAUGACACUACAUCCCUCAUACGUCAGAUAUGUCGAGGCUUCCUCAUCAUCAUCAUCUGGGCUUUCCCUUUUUGUUUGAAGAGAUAGUAAUCAUUCUGUAUGUAAACAUCUGAUUUCAAAGAUAAUAAUAAAUAAAUCUCCAUUUCAUGCUCCUGUUUUGUGGCAUUCAGUAAAUAACUUUUACAUUUUCUAACUGACCCAAAGCAAGAGAACGUCAGUCUGAUUUAACUUCACACAGUGAGGGAAGAAAAUGUGUUUUUAUUUGGUGUAUGUAAACUUCUGGCUUCUACUGUGGCUGCUUCAGGUUUUCCUAACGAUGUGCUGCACUGUGAGGUUUGAACUGCCUUUUCUUAACCUUUCUGUAAAUCUCUGACUUCAGAUCUGUGGGGAACACUGAGGUGGGCUGAACUUGUACAAAAUAAAGUGUUACUGGUG